GUUAAAUUUUUAAUAUUUAAAGCAAUUAAAUUCAGUUUCAACAAUGGUUCCUAAUGAAAAAAGUUUCCCGCGUGGCGGCAUAAUCCAUGCAGAAGCCAAAUCAGCAAACUCCAACAUUAUUUUUGGUGCGACACAGAAGAAGGCUAAAAAGGGACAACAAAGCAAAGCAAAGGAUAGCUUUCUGAAGGAGCUCACCGAAGAAUACAAUGAUCAGCUGGAAUCGGCAUCUGCGGAAACGCUCAGGCUUGACACCCUACAGGAGGACAUGCUGGUUAUGGGAGUCGUCAAGGAAAGCAGCGCCAUUUCUCUGCAGAUCGCCAUACCCGGACGGAUGACAGCUCGUACUCAGGUGGGUGAAAUAUCGGAGGCCUACACACGCGUCGCUCAAUCGGCAAUGGCUGGCGAAACGAGUGACUAUCACGAUCUGACAGAGCUCUUCCCCGUGGGCACCAUUGUGUAUGGCAAAGCCAUCAAAACAGAUAAGCCGGGCAGCAAUCGAACCUCCGUGCUGUUGUCCCUCAAGCCAGCCGAUGUCCAUGAGAGGCUGCACCACAAGAACAUCAAGAAGGGAUUUGUCUUUUCCGGUGCCAUAUCUGAGGCUCUGGAGCACGGCUAUGUGAUUGAAACGGGCAUCCAGGGCCUGACGGCCUUUGUGGCCUGCGAGGCGGCAGAGCAAACGCUGCACGUCGGACAAUUGGCGUUCCUCAAAGUGAAGCAAGUCAAACACGAUGCCAGCACUAGCAGUUGCACCUGCGUCCACGUACAGCAGGAUGCGUUGAAGAUCAAGAGCCAGAAUGAAUCGAAUCUGGACUACAUUCUGCCUGGCAGUAUUGUCAGGUUCAAGGUGUCGAAACACCUAAAGGACGGCCUCAAGGGCAGCAUCAUGAACGAAUCAUUCACGGCCUACGUAAACGAACAUCACAUGGCCAAUGCUCUGGAAACCCCCGAGGACUACGAGCUGAACGAGGAGUACCAUACCCGUGUGCUGUAUGUCAUGCCUCUGACCAAACUGGUCUACCUGACGCUCAAUCUGGACAUCAAGCAGACAGCAGAAGACGUGGAGGACCAGGUGGAGGAGCCGCUCAAGCCAGGCUCGAUCGUGGAGAAGGCCAAGGUCCUACGCCUGGGCAGUGGUGGUGUGGUGCUGCUGCUCAAUAAAAAGCUGAAGGCCAUCCUUUCCUACGGCUCCAUCAAGGCAAACUUCAAAGGAAACUACGACAAGGACGAGGUGCUGUCCAAGUAUGGUCGCAAAACCAAGCAUAAAGUACGCGUCCUAGGCUACGAUAUGAUAGAAUCGCUAUACUACUGCUCCGACGAUCCCAAUCUGGUCAACGAGAAGCUCUACAGCCUGGAAGAUCUCAAUCCGGGGGAUAUUGUCACCGCAAAGAUGAUCAAAAAGGACGAGAAAAUCAACGGCUGGACAGUGAAGAUUGGCAGGCUGAAUGGCAUCAUCGAUCAGCUCUAUUUGGCCAACAAUCUCCGCUACGAGGCGGGCCAACGCGUGCGCUGUCGCGUCCUCGACAUUAGCCUGGAUCGCAAGACCUGUUAUUUGAGCAAUCGCAGCGAAUACCUGCGGAAGGAUGCCAAGCUGUUGACCAGUCUAUCGGCUGCCCACGAAGGUGGCGUCUACCUGGGCACCGUUGUCCGCUGUGAGCCUGGCUAUAUCCUGGUGAAGUUCGGGGAUGGCAUCAAGGGUGUCCUCCAUCGCCAGAACCUGAGCGAGAAGAGCUCGCUUUCGUUCUUUGAGGGCCAGACCACAACGUUCCGGAUACUGAGCCGCAACAAGGAUCAGAUCACCUUGACGCUGCCCGAGGAUAAGUUCCAGCUGGGCGAGAUCUGUCCCGUGGAGAUAACUAAUGCAUUGGAUGCGGGUCUCGAGAUGAAAAUCACCUAUCCCGCCGAUGAGGACGAAGAUGCAGACCAGGACGACGAGCAAGAGCCAAAGAUAGAGGAAUUUCUGGGCCUCAUUCCAUCCAGCCUGCUGUCGGAUCACGUGGAACUGAUUGCCGCCCAGAAGCGCAUCCAUCCGGUGGGCUCGCACACGGAGGCCGCCUGCAUUGGCCAGAAUAUUUUCAGCCUCCGCGAUGUCCCGUACUUCAGUGGCCAGCUCACCACGGACUGGAAGACCGUCCAAGUGGGGGACAUAGUCCGGGCGUAUGUCAAAAAUGUAUCCACCGAUCAGGUGGUGGAUCUUAUGGUGGCCAUACGCGACUACAACAAGGUGGUGAAGGUGCACGUGAAGAUGCUGCGCCUGAAUGCCGUGCGGGCAUUGCCCGUUGAUCUUACGCCCGAUCAGCUGCUGUACGUGAAGGUUCUCAGCAAAUCUGUGGAGACCAAGACGCUGACAGUCUCGGCCAAACUCACGGAUGUGUGGAGCGGGGAUCUGGGCGAGACGGCCAAGCUGGUGGAGAGCUAUUUCGAUGAAUUGAUGCAGAUUAGGUCUGUGCUGAAGGAGAAAUCAGCACCCAUUGCCAAAUUCGAUUUGGGGAAAACCAUCAGCGUGAUCUUCAAGGGCAUUGAUCCGGUGUCCAACGAUUGGCUCUAUACAGUAGAGGGCUCUCCAAAGGUGAAGGCUCUGCUGGUCUCCAGUCUGGCUCCAGCAGGCAGCGCCGUCACCCCUCAGGUGGGCAGCAAACAGCCGGCCGUGAUCUUGUGGAUCGAUUAUGCCGAGGAUCUGCUGCUUGUCAGCACCAAGAAGGUGGAUAUUGAGCACAUCAAUACCCAAUGGCUGAUACCCAGCAAUCUCAUUGGCAAGACCGGAAUGAAGGCCAAGGUUUUGCUUAAACUGGACUCCGUUAUCGUCUGCUCUCUAAAGAAAGGCGUCAAUCCGUUGGUCAUCUGCCCCGUGCGGCUGCAUGCCAACGAUGUGGAGAACUCGGGCAGUGCGGGUCUGCGGCCCGGAGAUUUUUGCAAUAUUGGAUUCAUACACGAAGAGCUGCCCAUCGCUGUGCCAGAGACAGUCUGGCGUUUGUGGAAGGGCACAAAGCGAGCAGCAACAGCGACAGCAGAUGAAACCCUGGGUCCAGUUAAGGCCAAGAAGGCCAAGAUUGAGGCAGCUCCAGUCAAGAGCAAGCAGGAAAAGAUUGAGGCAGCUCCAGCCAAGUCCAAGAAGGCCAAGGCGGAGCCAACUCCCACCAAACGAAAGGCUGAAGAGGCAGUACAGCCACAGCCGCCUACUAAUGGACAGAAGAAGAUUGAGUCCCUGACAAAUGGCAUCUCCAAAAAGCAGAAUGGCCAAUUCUUUGAGGACAAAACCCCAGCGAAAAGUGCAAAGGUAAAUGCAGAGACAGCUAAGGGUAACGCCACACAGCAUGAGGCGGCCAAGGCCCGCAUGCCAGGUGUUGCCAAUUUCUGGGAGAGCGACUUAAACCAGACGAAAGAUGCAUCCAGCGACGAGGAGGAGGAUGAGCCAACAACUGCCGAAACUCAGACAAACUCCAACAAAAAGAAGCGUCUCAGUGCCAAGGAGAAGGCCAAAGCGGAAGUCAAGGAAGAGCAGCGCCUGCGGGAAAUCGAGGAACGCAAUGCCGAUCCCCAGGCUCGACUGGAGACCAUCGACCAGUACGAACGUCUGGUCAUUGCCCAGCCAAACAACAGCAUGUCCUGGCUGAAGUACAUUUCGUUCCUUCUGUCCAACACGGAGAUUGAGAAGGCACGCGAUCUGGCCCGAAGAGCCAUCGCAACGAUUUCCUUCCGCGAACCGCAGGAACUGCGAAACAUUUGGAGUGCCCUGCUCAGCAUGGAGCUCGCCUACGGCAACAACUUUGAUGAGGUGCUCAAGGAGGCACUGCAGAGCAAUGAUCCCCUGGAGACGUACAUCAGUGUGGUCGACAUUCUGAAGAAGAACAACCAACGGGAGCGCCUCUCCUCGGUGCUCGUCAUCCUUCUGAAGAAGUUCAAGUCUGAGCCGAAGGUGUGGCGUCUGGUGGCUGAAGCCUACUUCUGGCUGGGAAAAUCCGAUCAGGUUCAUUCCCUGCUGCAACGGGCCCUGCACUCGCUGCCAAACCCAGAGCACAUCAACCUCAUUGUGGCCUUUGCCAAGUUGUACGAGAAUAACGAUGACAAGGACAUGGCCCAGACGCUGCUCGACGACAUUGUCACUUCGUAUCCGAAACGCAUUGACAUCUGGAGUGUCUACGUGGAUAUGCUGAUCAAAACGGGACAAAUUGACUCCGCGAGAAACGUUUUGGAUCGUGCUGUGCAGCAGAAGUUGAAGCCCGAGAAGAUGCGAGUGAUCUACAAAAAGUAUCUGACACUGGAGAAAAAACAUGGCUCCAAGGCGACAGAGGCCAAGGUGAUGCAGGAGGCUGAGGAGUGGGUGAAGAACUUCACCAAGUCAAUCUAGUUCCACUACUAGAUGCGUAGAUCCAUAGAUCCGAAGAUCCGUAGAUAGAUGAUUAAGAGAUUAAGGAAACCAUUUAAAUACAGUGUUUUUUUUAUGAAUA